GCCUUACACAAUUUGUUAAGUAUCGUCAAGGGGAUUUGUGGUCAACAGACCAGGAGGCUAGCAUGCGCCGAACCAGGAAUUGGAAAGUCAGUUUAAUCAUCUUGAUUCUGUCUGUGAUUGCAUUACUGACAUUCAGGACUCACUCUACUCAAUCUUGCACCUUUCAUCCCUCUGCUCUUUCUACCUGCCCUGUUCAUACAGCCAAUGGCACUAUAACAGCAGUGAAGGGCUCAACAGCUCUAAUGGUGUCUGCAUACAAGGAUUACAGAGGUCAGAGAGCCAUUUGCAUCAUUGCUGUGGUCAACAGACACCAAACCACACCUCUGUACUGUGUGUUUUGCUGCACAGGAGAAGCCUCUCAGGUCACUCCAGCCACUGUUUUAGCUCACAGUGUCCACUACGGAUACCCAUAUGUGGCCGCAGACAUCCUUUGUUUUGAACGCCCUGGAUGUAACGUGACACACGUCACUGUCGCUACACCCAUCGAGGACAUGGACCCCCUCAACCUGCCAUUUCUGAGCGUCCAGAACAGAGAGGUGGAGGAGGAGUUUCCCUUUUACCUCACCGUGUGCAUGUCCAGCAUGUUUGGAGACUACAACAACGUCUUGCAGUUUGUCCAGACCAUGGAGUUUUACAAGCUCCUGGGGGUACCAAGGGUUGUCCUCUACCUCACCAGCUGUGGGCCUGACCUAGAAAAGGUCCUCCAGUACUACACAGAGGAGGGCACUCUGGAGGUCAUCGACUGGCCCAUCGACCACUUCCUCAAGCCCGCUACUGGGUGGGAGUUAGAGGAGCUGGAAGGGGACAUCCACCUCAAUGGUCAGCUGACCAUCAUGAAUGAGUGCAUCUACAGAAACAUGUAUAGGUUGCGGUACGUCCUCCUGGCUGAUGUGGAGCAGCUCCUUGUCCCAGUCGCUCACAACUCUCUACAGCCCCUCAUGGAGGGCCUGCAGGGUCAGCACCCAGACGCAGCCGUGUUUUUCAUGGAGACUCAUCUGUUCCCUGCUACGGCUGGUAAGGCAGGUCUUUCUGCACAGAGUAGGGCACUGGGGGUGAAUCUUCUGGACUAUGUCUAUAGAGAGCCUCUGGAGGAGGAUGACUUCCGCUCCGACAAGAUGGUGGUCAACCCCCGGAAGGUUCUGCAGACGGCUAUAUUUGAGGUGACACAGAGCUACGGAGACACAGUGAGGGUUCCGUUCGACUUGUGUAAGAUCAUGCAGGUGACAGAGGCUCCUAGGGAGAACUGGACCAAUGACCAGCUGGUCCUGGACAGAAGCCUCUGGAAAUUCAGAGAUUACCUUGUGCCCAGUGUUGAUGACAUCUUACAGAAAUUAGUACAUGCCGACAAGCCGGUGGAAUACAGGAUCAAGUCAUGGGUGGCCUGUGACUCGAAAUCCAGCUACGCGUUGAAGAUGCAAGUCAGGGUCCAGAUGGGCAACCUGGGGUCAAAGGGGAACCAGGAGUGGGAGGGCCGAAGGGUGAGGCUACAGCAAAUGGGCCCCAAGGACCUGGGGAAAUUGGUUCCCAUUGUAAAUCAGGUGCUCCUGGGGUUAGAGGUGAGAAUGGAGGCACUGGGCGUGUUGGAGAAAGAGGGGCCCCAGGUCCCGCAGGACCUCCAGGUGAAAAGGGAGAACCUGGAGAGGAUGGACCAGGGGGUGCUGAUGGGCCAACUGGAGCACCAGGCCUCUCAGGACAGAGAGGUGCUGUGGGCAUACCUGGACUUAGAGAGAGAGGGAUGGUUGGACCCCCUGGUCCUGCUGUAA